CACGCUACGAGCAGAAUGGCUGCGCCUGUGGACGGUGCGUGUAAACCCGCGGCUGAACGCUCCCCGUUCAACACGACGAGUUUCCAGAAGAGAACCAGGAGCAAGUUGAUCUCCAUACCCGGCACCAGACCGUCGGUUCUGAACGGACAGCUCUUAGUCUCCACCGGUGUCACCUCACUCGACUUUCUGCUCGGUGGUGGUUUAGCAGUGGGAACAGUACUUCUCAUUGAAGAGGACCGAUAUGAUAGCUACUCCCGUAUGAUCUUAAAAUACUUCCUGGCAGAGGGAGUGGUGUGUCGACAUGAACUUUUUGUGGCGGCAGCUCAGGAUAGCCCUGAUGACAUCUUACAGGAACUCCCUGCUCCCAUCUUGGAUGAUGUCGCUAUCCACAAACCACCAGAGCAGCCCAGGCUGCCUUGUGAACCUCGGGACAGUUUGGAUGCCAUGAAGAUCGCUUGGCGUUACCAGAAUCUGCCAAAAGUUCAGUGUGCCCUGGCGUCUUCGUCCCGGUUCGGCCACUACUACGACGUCUCCAAGACGAUGGAGCCAGAAAUUCGCCAGGCAGCCAAGUGCCACCGCUUCUACCUUCCAGAACAUCCCACCCAGUCAUCAAGCACACACAGUCCCAUGCUUGAGUCCUACACUGCGUUGUUGAGAUCACUUCAGGAGGUCAUACACAGGGAGGGCUUUGAUGUAGCAGCCUCCAUGUCAAAGUCACGUAACAUCCUGCGCGUUGGCCUUCACUCUCUUGGCUCUGCUCUUUGGGGUGAUGACCUGAGUUGUCAUGACAACCCUACACACCGCCACUCCCUGGCUGCCUUUCUCUAUGGACUGCGUGCUUUGCUGAGGUCAUCGCUGUCAGUUGCUGUAGUUACUGUACCUUCACAUCUCAUCCAGGACAGAGCUCUAAUGGGCAGCAUAACCAGGCUAUGUGACAAUGCCAUUGCGCUGGAAUCAUUCAAAGGCUCUGAGAGAGAGACCAACCCACUCUACAAAGAUUACCAUGGCCUGUUACAUGUUCGUCAGGUACCUCACCUGAACUGUCUGGCGAGUCAACUCCCUGACCACAAGGACCUCGCCUUUAAGCUCAAGAGAAAACAGUUCAGCAUUGAGAGACUGCAUUUGCCUCCAGACCUGUCUGAGACGGUGAGUCGUGUGAGCAGGGGGGAGCUGGCAGGAGGGGCAGCGUCAGCUUCAGCCUGUGGGUCCAGCACUUCCGGCAACAAACACCUGGACUUCUAGAGCUCCCACACAGUCGCCACGGGCAAACCCAACACCUGGAACACCGCAGUGCUGUCCUCUUUACCACGGUGACCAGGUUGUUCCCUUGCCCACAUAAUGUCAACCACGAUAACCCUGCCAGCCAUUACCACCUGCCAACUGUCCCAGCCAGGGGUGAAGACCUAAACAUCCACAGUACCUCUUCUCAAAAUGGACACAUUUCAAGUUCCUUUUAAUAUGAAUUCACAUCAAACUGAUAUAUAUAUAUAUAUAUACACAUAUACUGAUUGCUGACAUCUUCUCAGACUGUCAAAGUUCAUUUUACUUCAGACAAUAAAAAGUCAGACCCAUAGUAUUUCGAAAUGUUACCCAAAGUCAUAUGACGGACAAGGGGACUUACUUAACACAAUUGAAAUCCAAGAUGGAGGGAUAAUUUAAGAUAUGGUACUUUUUUUUCCAUCUUCUGCCUCCAGGGAGGUUGUUUACAUGUUAAGUGUGAUCAUGAAAUAUUUUUUAGUCAUUACAGACUCUGUCUUGACUGACUUUAAAUAAUUUAACGACAUUCUCCCAAGUUCAGUGCUUACUUUACUAAACAUGUGGCCACUUCCUGCUUAGCUCCACCAUGUACACGAGUCUGAAAGUACUUUUUUUUUUCUAGGAUAAACCAAUUGACUGUGGUUUUGUUGAAAAAUAAAAUAAAAAAAUAUUAAACAGUGAA